AUUGUAUGUUGUGUGAUAUAUGAAAUAUAUUAAAAAUGAGUUUAUUCGUUAUAAACAGAUAUGAAGGGGAAAGUAAAGAAGAAGUUCAAAAUGAAACAAAUCAUCUUUCUGAAUUGUUAAAGAGAGUAGAAGAACGUAAAAAACAAAGAGUUGCAGUAAGUAAUAAAUCAACAGAUGCGGAUAGAAAUAAUUCAGAAGAAUCUUCGAGAAAGAGAAAGAAAAAUUUGUCCCAUGCUGAUAAAAUUGAUGAAUCAUGUAAUGAGAAUAAAAAUAUUAACAAUGAAAAAAGUAUAGAACAAAGUAUCAAUGAACAAUGCACAGAAACAGUUGAAGUCAACAAAAAAAAAAGGAAGAAAUGUGUUAAAAAUGAACAUUGUUCUGCUAUAACAGAAGAAAAUAUAGAUUUAGAAGAAAAAAAUAAUUUAGUAAAAGAAAGUAAUGAUGAUGAUAUUACAGAAAAGAAAAUAUCUUCACAGAGCAAUUUUGUAAUAUUAGGUGCAAAAUCUCGAAAAAAACAACGUGAAGUGAAGAGAGUAUUGCCAGAUUGGUUGGCGCAUCCCGAAGUUGUAUCUGCUGAUUUGAAUAAUGGGCCAAAUUUGGAAGAAUUAGAAUCAAUUUUAGAUGCUAAAUUGAUGGAAGUUUUAAGGACUAAUGGUAUUGUUAAGUUAUUUCCAGUUCAAUUUAGCAUAAUUAAAUGGUUAUAUAAAUGCAAUAUGGAUAGAAAAUUGGGAUGGUGGUUGAGAGAUACUUGUGUAUCUGCUCCUACAGGCAGUGGCAAGACUCUAGCUUAUGUCUUGCCUAUUGUGCAAGAAUUGCAAACACGAUUGGUACCAAAGAUUCGUUGCCUGAUCGUUCUGCCAGUGCAAGAACUGGCCGCACAGGUACAUAAAGUAAUGGUCACUUAUACAUCUCAUACAAAUCUGAAGGUGGGCUUGCUCUCGGGUGCAUUCUCAUUUGAACAAGAGCAAAAUAAUAUAAUUAAGAAAACUGAAAGAGGAAAGUACUUAUCUACAGUGGACAUUGUAAUUGCGACACCUGGCCGAUUAUUGGAUCAUUUAUUAAAAACGCCUGGGUUUUCCUUAGACUCUUUAAGGUUUCUCGUUAUCGACGAAGCUGAUCGUGCAACAGAAUGGUUACAAUAUUUACCUGAACCUCAUUCUCGCGCUCCUAUUUUGACGCUUGGGACUAUGCGUUCAAGUGAUAUCAUACCAGCUCAAAAAUUAUUAUUUAGUGCCACUUUAUCGCAAGAUCCUGAAAAAUUGAGUCGGCUGGGUCUUUUUCAGCCAAUAUUAUUUACAACUGUAGUUACCGACAAAGAUACAGACAUGAAUUUGGACAAGAUCGCAGGUGAUUUUGUCGGACGUUACACAAGUCCAGAAGAAUUGACGGAACUUGCAGUAGAAUGUGCACCCGAGUACAAACCAGUUGCUCUAUAUCAGUUAUUGACAAGGCACGAUAUCAUUCCUAAGACUCUUGUUUUCACGAAUUCCGGACAUAGUGCGCAUAGACUGGCACUCUUGAUGCAGUCACUUUUGACGGAACGGAAUGUCGCAGUGGGAGAAUUAUCUGCCCAACUCGCGUCGAAGCAACGCGAAAGUGUCUUGAAUAAAUUCGCAAAUACUGAGAUACAUGUAUUAAUAAGUUCGGAUGCGUUGGCUAGAGGAUUAGAUAUUUUGAAUGUGCAGUUAGUCGUAUCUUAUGACCUUCCGAAGCAUAUCAAGGGCUAUAUACAUAGAGCUGGUAGAACCGGGCGAGCUGGAAAACCAGGCACUGCUGUAUCCGUGCUCACGACAAAUCAAGUUGGGAUAUUCAAACAAAUGUUAACCAGCGCACAUAAAACUGUGCCCAAUAUUGAGCAAAUGGAACUAAACGCUAUUGCAAACGCGGUGAAUUAUCAGAGUCACGUUCAGAAAUUAAAAGAAAUACUCGAGAAAGAAAAGAUCGAGAACUUGGAACGAACGAAAGCUAUUAAGCGUGGACGUGUGGUAAGUACGACCAGGCAAAAUGAAAAUGUAAAAUAAUAUUGUAUAUAAAAAAAGAAAUAAAAGGAUACAUCAAACUUAUUUACAUACAACUUGUCAGUUGUAUCAGUUAUCAAUCGUUACCUUCCAGAGGUAUUAUAUAAAUGAUAGAAUUAAUAUUUAUUUAAAUGGGGCUAAACUCACCUCUAGCCUGUAAAAGGUGCUGUAAAAAAGAAACAUGUAAAAUACAGAUAGUAAGGUAACAUCG